AUGGGCAGCGGGGGCGGGCGGCCCCUCGAGAGGAGGCCUGAAGCCCAGCGGCCGCCACCCAAACCUGGGAAAUGUUCUGCUUCACGCAAGGACCUGGGAGCUUCUGAAGCAGAAAGGGGCACUGUGGUCCCCAGGGGACUGUCCGCGGGGGCCCCGCCCUGGGCGCCGAGCCUCCAGAAGCCCUGGCAGCACCCACAGGCAGUGGGCUACCUCGGAGGCUGUGGGGAGUCCCCUGGCCCCCACCGGGACAUGCUCCCUCUGCUGGGGGACCCGAGAGAUGGGGGUGGGGACACAGCGGCCACCCCAGGUCCCAUCCGGAGGCGGAGAGUGCUAUCAAAGGCGCAGGGUGGCAGCGUCCGGGCUGAAGCAGGUCCCCUUGAACUGAAGCAAAUCCACACGAGUGGGACAGGGCACUCUGCCAGCUCCACCUGCGCCGACGCACCCCGGAAGCCAGUGGUCUGGCCACUUCCAGCAGCUGAAGCAGGUGGAGCACGGGCUGCCCCACCUGCCCGGCUGUGCCCUGCACACCUGUGCUCUGUCACCCAGCCUGGAACGUCCCCUCACCCACCUCCUCCUGCGGACAUGCUGAAGCCCAGCCGCACGAGGCAGGCGGGUUUAUCCCCAGGUGACGUCAGCCCGGCCCAGGGUCCUGAGGGCGCCCACCCGCCGGCCUGCAGAGAGGCUGCCCUCUGA